CAACUGAACCACUUAAAGGGUAAAAGUGGAUUUAGGGAUAGGCCAGAGUCCUUUUUCAUGGAGAAAAAGUGAAGUGGGUCUCAUUGCAUCACUGUGGUCUUAAAUCCUCAGGGAGGGGCCUGGGGACUUCUCACUGAAGUGCUUUAGCAGAUCUCCAGCCCUUCCAAAAGCUUUCUUGUUCUGUUCCACCCUCCCAAAAGCUUUUCCCCCAGCCUGGCAGUGAUGGGAACAGGCUCCUAGGGCAGCACGGGGCCCCUCUCAUUCCCUGCUCCCUGCAGGCUGCUCCAGGCAGAUCGGCUUCUCCUUCGCCAAGCCCAAGCUCUGCGCCUUCUCCGGUCUCUACUAUUGAGACAGCUGCCACCGGGACGAGGAGACAGUGAUUCCCUCACGCCUCAUCCACAACUGGGACCUGGCAAAGCGAGGGGUUUGCCAGCAGGCAUUCAAGUUCCUCAGCCAGAUCCGUAACCAGCCGCUGAUCGACCUGAAGUUGGUCAACGAGAGCCUCUACGAGCACGUGGAGAGGAUGGGACGGAUCCUGCGAAGCAGGGAGCAGCUGAAGCUGCUGGGGGAUUAUCUCAUCAUGUGCCGCAGCGGGGCCCUGAAGGAGCUGAGCAAGCGGCUUGAUCACAGGCACUACCUCUUGGAGUAUCCCCACAAAUACAGCGUCGCUGACCUGAGGCAGAUAGCUGAUGGUGUCUUUGAGACCUUUCUGCAGUCUCUGCUCCAGUUCGCUUCUCACCACGUCUACAACUGUGACCUGUGCACCCAGCGCGGCUUCAUCUGCCAGCUCUGCAACAGCAGCGACAUCAUCUUCCCCUUUGAGUUUGACACUACCACCAGGUCAGUGACACCCCUAUCACCCCUCCCUGCUGCAAGGGCACCCCCGAGCUUGUGCCCUGCCUGCUCCCAGGAGCCCGGACCAUCGCUGGAGCCCUUUUAGGGACACAGUCUCAGAGUGGCCUAGAAAUAGCUCUGAGCUGGUUGUAUAUCGUCAUGGUACCCAUGCCCUUGUGGUACCCAUCAGCCCCAAGAUGAUCUGAACCUAAACAGGGCUGUUUGGGGCAGGAGAAGACCAUCCUCACAGAGCCAACGUGUCACCAAGUGAGGUGGUUUUGCAGAUUGAACAUGGCAGAGCCACCCAGCACCUUGCUCUCAGCAUGCAAAAGCAGGCUUGAAGGGACCUUAAAGCUCCUCCAGCUCCAACCCCUGC